AUGCGAGGCCGGGGAUGGGAUCCCCAUCUUCUGUUUCUCGCUCUCGUUCUUCUGAUCCAACAUUCGACCCCAGGGGCCGCGCAGAAGUGGCUGACCUUGGACGGUACUCUCUUCAAUUUUCUCCCUGUGGUCGCCUGUCCUUGUGUUCAGCGGUUCGAACUGCUAUGCUCUGCGGCUUGAGUCUUUCUGGUUUAUGUUGGAAGGUCCGGCGGUCAUGGAGUUCAUCUCUCUGCCUUCCUUAGUCGAUUACGUAAAUAGACGUGCAUCUGUAGAUGUUUGUUGUUUUAGAAUCGUGUGUGUGGCGGGAUGUGGUCAUAGGAAGCGCCUUUUCGUUUUAUCUACUUGAUGUCGCCUCUGGACCCUAGCACCUCUGGCUGUUUGGCGCUGUAUUGUCCAUUGUGGUGCAUAUGACUUAGGUCAUAUACAGGUGAACUUCGAUAUUCAUAGCCCCUUGCCGCCUCCGAGGCACGACGAAUGCAUAUAUAUUCCUAGAGGAUCAGAAUGAAAACAGGAUAAGAAAAAGUUUCUUAAAUGGAAUUAUCAUACAUAUUCGUGUAGAAAAAUAAAUAGGUACACUUAAUGUGGUUUUACACUGCCAUCUGAAUCGUCUUAGAUUUGAAACAAAUUGUCGAUUUUGCUGCUGAUGGAUAUUUCUUCUGGUCAACGGGAUAUCACCUGUAUCGCAAAGUUAAAGUCAAUUUCUUCACAUCGGGGGGACGCGAAAUAGCAUUUAUGAUCUUCCUAUCUUUUCCAGUAGCUGACCCAUGAGUGUAUGUCGAUCACCUGAUUCACCGGUUUUAACUACGUUGCCAUUAUAUGGCUCAACAUACUCAUUACUCUGAUGUCUUUCCUAUUAAUUACACAUCUUGCGAAGGCACUUGUGUCGGUAUAGUUUCUGCAUGUGACCACAUUUUUUCUGGAUCCCUAGCUUCAGAAUUAGUUGCAGACUACAUAUGAAGUAACCACAGAUAUAGUAAGCACAUCAUGACCUAGAGUCGGUUAUGGUUGAGCAGAGGAAAAGAAAACCUUGAAUUAAAGAAAAAGAAAACCUUGAAUUAAAGAAAAAGAAAAAGACAAAUGGAGAAUUUUUUCACCCCAACUAGUUGCAGACCCCAGAUGAAGUAAGCAAUUAUCCAGUUCAUGAUGUCUUGGAACUCUGCUCCCAGAUUCUUAUCUUAUCGUUAUCUUAUCAGGGUAAGGUUUCUUUCUUCGGAAAACUUAAAGAUUUCGAAAAUCCAUUUUUGUUCCUGCGGUCAUUUUGGAUAGGAUGUUUAUGUGAAAUAUUACAAUUCAUAUUAUCUAUGCUGCAAUGCAGGUAAGGAGCCGUUAGUGAUAGCCAAAGGAGGCCAUUCGGGGUUAUAUCCCGAUUCCAGUCCACCGGCAUACGGGACUGCUCAGGCCUUUAGUUUACCCAAUGCAUCGUUGUGGUGUGAUGUGAGAUUGACGAAAGAUCGAUUUGGGAUCUGUCUCCCAGAAAUCUUGAUGGAUAACUGCACGAAUAUCUACGAUAUUUACCCUGGUGAUGAGAAGAACUACACGGUGAAUGGUGUGCUUCAGAGAGGAUGGUUCUCUAUCGACUACAACUUUGGCGACUUAGCUGCGGUUUCUUGUAAGUCAGAUGACUCUGUUAAAGCAAUUUUUCUAACUUGCAGUGACUUAGCACCGGAUUGACUCUUGUGCCGUUUGGGUCUUGUUUGUCGCCAAUAUCACUUCUUUUGUUGAUGUGUUCUUGUAUACAGUAAUAACCCGUGGUCAAUUGAUUAUUAGCGUCAUCAAUGAGAGGAUUUUAAUACAAAUAGAGGCUGAUCUUGAAAAUUGCACGCAAUACACUAUGCUGGUUUUCAUUCUCAGCCCAGUUUCUAAAUUUGUAUAGUAUGGGGGGGAGGUUUUCAUUUUAACAUCACAGUCUUUAUCCUUGUUUCCCAAUCCAUUGAUUUGCUCCUGUAAUGAGAAUUCCGCAUACGGAUCUUAUUCAGUAGAGUUUUUAUCGCAGUUCAUUCGUUAGAUUAGGUGUGGAACGCCACUGGAUGUCUCUCUGACGAAGUUUCUUCCUUCCUGAGCAGUGAACCGAUCGAUUCUCUCUCGAAGUGACAAAUUUGAUGGAUUCUAUCCUAUCCUCACUGUGGACGACUUGCAGGGACUACCACAAGUGCCGCGUCUUUGGUUAAAUAUUCAGGUAUGAGAGAUGGAAAAAUCAAUCGAAUUUUUACCAUAUGUUUAUAUCACAAUGAAAAUUACAUAUAGUCUGAAACAAUAGAUAUCUUCUCCCCUGCUCUUCGUAUGUGAAUCUGAGAUUUCAGUAAACUCUUCUUGUUGAACGCUUUCCAUUCCCUGUGGCAUUGAGGUUCCCCGUCGUAUCUUGCAGCACGAUAAGUUCUACACAGAUCAUAAGCUCAACAUGACGAGCUAUUUGCUCAAUAUUACGAGGACCUUCGCUGUUGACUACGUGUCAUCGCCGGAGCUGUUUUUCCUGAGACGAGUAGCUCCACGGUUGAAUGACUCCAACUCGCAGGCUGUCUUUCGUUUCCUUGAAUCAGGCGAGGUGGAGCCAUCGACAAGGCUAACCUACGGGUCCUUGUUGAAAAAUUUGACCUUUAUCAGCACGUUUGCAUCCGGAAUUAUGGUGCCCAAGAAUUACAUUUGGCCUGUGAAUAAAGAUCUUAAACUGGCAUCUGCUAGCACAUCUGUUGUGCAGGAUGCUCGCAAGGCCGGGUUGAAAGUCUUUGCAGCAGGCUUUGCAAACGACUUUGACUUCGCCUAUGACUACAGUUUUGAUCCAUUGAAGGAAUAUCUGAAUUUCGUGGACAAUGGUAAUUUCUCAGUCGACGGCGUUCUGACGGACUCCCCGCUCACUGCAUCUGCGGCGAUAGGUAUGCUGUUUGAUUACCUGUUUGGUUCCAUGUCUUUCAAAUAGUUAUGGAUGAUGCCUCCCCCCAAUGACUGUUAAAGCUUUGCCUCUCAAAACGAUUUCUGACAAGUUAUGAAACCCAAUCUAUGUCAGUUUGAUAAAGAGUAAAAUCCAGGCAAGCAUCAUCCAGUUUAGGAACAAAGAAGGAUUAGACUGUUAAUCCCAUGUGGAAACCAGCUGUGAACUCACCCAACCUUCUCAGACAAGAUAAGACUUUUCAGUCCUUCAUUUUCUAAGAAGUCAUUGGAAUGGAUUGGGAGACCACACAAACCUGAUUGGAUUCUAUCAUUCGUUUUCGGAUGAUAUUUAGGCAAUUUAGAAUUCAAUACAAAUGUGAUAAUCCAUUAAAAUAGAAGAAAAUAAUAGCGACAACGAUGAAGAUUUUUUUUAUCAAUUCCCUAGUUUAGCUCAAAAACACCGAGAUUUCAGGUCAAAUCAGAAUUUUUUAGACCAUCUCAUAUUUUCAGUUUCACACUUGUAGUCAUCAGCUGUGACAUACCCCUGUCUUGUUUACUCUUUCAGUCAAGAAUAACCGGCAGAUAUGUCCAUCUGCUCAUCUUGACAUGGAUCGUCUCCCUCCUGAUUCUUGGGUUCUUUCAUGCGCAGUUCGCAAUUCCACAGUCUCAAUGCAGUUUCUCAUUGACCCAGCCUACCCAUACAAGCAUAAUACCAGUUUUUAUUUUAUCGAACAUCAGUUUCCUCUCCGGUCUUCAAACUAACAACAAGCGCACUUUUCAUUAAGAUGACUUGCAGUUGACCCCUUCAAAUUUAUUGAUCUGCAUCCGCGAUGUUUACUGGCAUUUCUCCUUGCUCGUGCAGGUUGCCUGUCUCACAUUAACAGCUCCGCGCCUUCAUCUGGUAACACUUCGUUCCUAGUCUUUUAUCAUCAUACUGGCCUUUGGAAUUCAUUACAUGUUCUAAACUCCAUUUCUGCUUCAGGAAAACCCGUCGUGAUUUCCUACGGGGGAGCUGGGGGAAUGUUCCCGUCCUGCACUGAUUUGGCAUACAAGAAGGCUGUGGAGGAUGGUGCAGACUACAUCGACUGCCCUGUCCAAGUCACCGAAGAUGGAGUUUUGGUCUGCCUGCCUGAUAUAGAUCUCUUCUCGGGCACCACAAUCUCAAAUUCUUCCUUCCGUACCCGUAUUUCUACAAUCCCGGGGAUCAAGAGUACUCCAGGGGCAUACACCUUCAACUUUACGUGGGAAGAGAUUCGGACAAAUCUAAAGCGUAAGUCAACGUCCUCAUGCUACCAAUGAGCGCAUUAAGUACCAGCAUCGUUUCUUGAAUUCUCUGAAGCGCGGAUAUUUACUUACGGAUCCUUCUCUCUCUCCUCUCUGCAGCUGAAAUAUCGACCCCGUAUUUAAGAGAUUAUGAACUGCUGCGGAACCCUUCGAAGAGGAACGCAGGAGCCUUCCUGAACCUCACCGAGUUCUUGGCCCUUGCCAAGGAAAACCCUCCUCGUUCUGGAGUCUUGAUCAGCAUAGAGGUAGGUCACCCUGCAUUUCACGUCGUCUCACAAACACGCAGUAGCCGAGUAGAACUUUCGCCUUUACCAGACUACUGCUAAAUGACAACUCCCUACUUCUUUUUAACAGCAGUAGUGUUUCUGGCAUUGAAUGAGCCUGGUGUUUCUGGCAUUAAGGUCUACGCUCUCUUCUUCAAGGUUAUAUGCACCCACAUUUUGGCAUGGAUUCCUGGAUAUUUCAUGUAAAAAUACAUGUCAUUGCGUCAGUUUAGAACCCAUAAAAAUGAGGAACUAUAUUCAUGUUAAUUUCACGUCCGGCUCAGAUUUCGCAAAACGGGUUUCGUCAUCACAUCGGGGUCACAACGCCCCGAGAACUUUGACCCUUGUUCCCACGUUUUUAUGUUCAUGUUCUUCACCAUCGGACUGGUCCUCGUCCUUCUGCUGCAGGACGCUCCUUUUCUGCUGGAGAAUCUUGGCUUCGGCGUAACCGACGAGGUCCUGAAAGCGUUGAACGCGUCGGACCUGAAGCAGGAGGUCAUCAUCCAGUCGACGUACAGCUCUGUUCUGAAGAAGGUGCAGCAGCUGAACUCCUCCUACAAGCUCAUGUACAAGAUCGAGGAGCUCAUUCUCGACGUCGACGCGUCGGCGGUCAAGGAUAUCGCUGGGUUCGCCUCCUUCGUGGCCGUAUCGAAGAAGUCGAUAUACCCGGACAACGUAAAGUACCUGUUGAACAAAACCAGGGUGGUGGAAAAGUUCAAGGCAGAGAAGCUCCCGGUCUUCGCCUACCUGUUCCAGAACGAGUUCGUGUCGGUGUCGUGGGACGUGUACAACGACCCGAUCGCGGACAUCAGCCUGUUCGUGAAGGGGGCGGGCGUGGAGGGCCUGAUCACCGAGUUUCCGGCGACGGCGGAGGCCUUCAGAAGUAAGGGUUCUUCUGUUCUCGAUCUUCACUUGCUGUGCCGCCCGUAGGAAGAUUAGGAGCUGAUUCUUUGAAAUUUUCGCAGGGAGCCCUUGUUCGGGGGGUAACAGCACUCCGCCUUAUUGGAAGCCCGUCACGCCUGGCGAGUUGGUGAAUAUGUCCAGACUGCCGGCGCUGCCGCCGUCGCCGCCGCCCCUGGCCGACAGUGACGUUGUCGAGCCGCCGCUGCCUUCGGGCCCGAUCCGUCCCUCCUCCGUACCUCCUGCAUUGGCCCCGGCGGGUCCAUCGGCGGCCCCCGCCGCCACCGCCUCCUCCGCCGCCGUUGUGCUCCUGGCGACCACCGUGGUAUGCCUCUUCCUCAUCUGA